UAUUAGCGUGCUGAUUGGGUGACUGCUGGACCUGUCAAUAACGGGCAAGAUGGCGGCCGCAGCAGUGCGGAACCUCGGGUCAAAGCUGAGCAAAAAUGUGAAGGAAAUCAGGAUCCACCUGUGCCAGAAAUCGGCUGCCAGCCAGGGCACCAGAGAUUUUAUUGAAAAGCAUUAUGUAGAACUUAAGAAAGCCAACCCAGAGUUUCCGAUCUUGAUCAGAGAAUGUUCUGGAGUACAACCCAAAUUAUGGGCAAGAUAUGAUUUUGGAAAAGAAGUAAAUGUACCACUCAGUAACCUAAAUUCCGACCAAGUUGCAAAAGCCCUGGAAUCUGUUGCGAACAGUAAACCAUGAAGACAGAUCUUUUUGUUGGACAUUGUUGCACGAUGUGUGAAAAGUGCAGAAAUGUGGAAUCCUCCAUCUUUGAAAAGGAGCAUCUUUUGACUUAAUUGUUAAUCCUUCUCUACCCGAUACACUAAAUAAAACCAUGGUGGAGUCUC